GAUCCGAUCACAUGACUAACAGGAAAACGCUUGCGUUCCACCUGCCGUACGUCACGUAAUGAGCUAUCGCGGUAGUACGUUCCCCGUGCCGGUCAGCUGUGCGGUAGGUGUCUCUCUGAGAAGAUGGAGGCCUCCGGGUCGCUGGUUGUCAACAACAAAAUGAGAACCGGGGUGGGCGGAAUUGGCCCUGCGAGCCCACAGCAGGGAAAAGGUCGAGAGUAUAACCGGAACCAGCGCAAGGACUCAGAGGGUUACUCGGAGUCCCCAGACCUGGAGUUUGUAUAUGCUGAUUCAGACCGGUGGGCUGCUGAGCUGUCAGAACUGUACAGUUACACAGAGGGACCAGAAUUCCAGCUAAAUAGGAAGUGUUUUGAAGAGGACUUACGGUUACAUGUGCCUGAUAAAUCAUGGACAGAGUUGGAUGUUACCCAGCAGCGUGCUCAUACCAUGCGGCUCCUGGAUGCUUUAGAGGUCACAGCCAGGGAAAAAAGGCUCAAGGUGGCUCGAGCUAUUCUAUAUGUAGCUCAGGGUACUUUUGGGCAGUGUAGUUCUGAGGCGGAGGUCCAGACCUGGCAACGGCAUAACAUCUUUCUGCUCCUAGAAGCAGGUGCAUUUAAUGCCCUGGUGGAACUUCUAAACAUGGAAGUUGAAAACAGUGCAGCUUGCAGCAAUGCUGUAAGGAAGCCUGCCAUCUCUCUUGCUGACAGUACAGAUCUUCGUGUUCUGUUGAACAUAAUGUAUCUGAUGGUGGAAACAUUGCGAGAGGAAGGAGAAGCUGACAGUGAGGAGUGGAAAACUGUUAGGCAGACAUUCCGUGCAGAGCUAGGAUCUCCUUUAUAUAACAAUGAACCAUUUGCUGUGAUGCUCUUUGGAAUGGUCACAAAGUUCUGCAGUGGUCAUGCGCCACAUUUUCCUAUGAAAAAGGUGCUGUUGCUGUUGUGGAAGACUGUGUUGUGCACUCUGGGAGGAUUUGAAGAACUGCAGAAAACGAAAGCUGAAAAGCGGGAGAUCUUGAGGCUACCACCUCUCCCUGAAGAUAGCAUUAAAGUUAUUCGAAAUAUGAGAGCUGCUUCUCCACCAGCAUCAGCAUCUGAUCUCAUUGAACAGCAGCAGAGAAGAGGUCGUCGGGAGCACAAGGCCUUGAUUAAACAAGAUAAUCUUGAUGCUUUUAAUGAGCGUGACCCCUACAAAACAGAUGAUUCGCGUGACGAAGAGGAGGAAAAUGAUGAAGAUAACAGCCUAGAAGGAGAACCUUUCUCUUUGGAACGGGAAGAGGUGAUGCCACCGUCAGUGACCCAACCGCCUGCAGAUCGUUUGUCCUUCCCUAAAGGUUUGCCUUGGGCACCAAAAGUUAGGGAAAAAGAUAUUGAGAUAUUCUUGGAAUCAAGUCGGAGUAAAUUCAUAGGAUAUACUCUUGGAAGUGACACUGACACAGUAGUUGGUUUACCACGUCCCAUCCAUGAGAGUAUACGAACUCUAAAACUGCACAAGUACACUUCUAUUGCUGAGGUACAAAUCCACCUGGAAGAAGAGUUUUUGAGAUGUCCGCUGUCUGGGGGGGAAGAGGAGGUUGAACAAGUGCCUGCGGAGAUCCUAUACCUGGGACUUCUAUCCAGUCUACCUCAGUACAUGAUUGCGUUACUGAAGAUCCUGCUUGCUGCUGCUCCUACUUCAAAAGCCAAGACAGACUCUAUUAACAUUCUUGCCGAUGUUCUUCCGGAGGAGAUGCCAACCACCGUUCUACAAAGUAUGAAACUUGGAGUAGAUGUGAAUCGACACAAAGAGAUUAUUGUCAAAGCCAUUUCUGCUGUGCUGCUAUUAUUACUGAAACACUUCAAGCUAAAUCACAUUUAUCAGAUGGAGUAUAUGGCUCAACACCUGGUGUUUGCAAAUUGUAUUCCUUUGAUAUUAAAGUUUUUUAAUCAAAAUAUUAUGUCUUAUAUCACAGCCAAAAACAGUAUUUCAGUUCUUGAUUACCCAUACUGUGUGGUCCAUGAACUGCCAGAGCUAACAGCAGAGAGUCUGGAGGCUGGAGAUAAUAAUCGGUUUUGUUGGAGAAAUUUGUUCUCCUGCAUAAAUCUCCUGCGUAUCUUAAACAAGCUGACAAAAUGGAAACACUCCAGGACUAUGAUGCUUGUGGUUUUUAAGUCUGCCCCCAUCCUAAAAAGGGCUCUUAAAGUUAAACAAGCAAUGAUGCAGCUGUAUGUACUUAAGUUGCUGAAAGUCCAGACAAAGUACCUUGGACGACAGUGGAGGAAGAGCAACAUGAAAACGAUGUCUGCUAUUUAUCAGAAAGUCAGGCAUCGCCUCAAUGAUGACUGGGCAUAUGGGAAUGAUCUUGAUGCUCGUCCAUGGGAUUUUCAAGCAGAGGAAUGUGCGCUUCGAGCGAACAUUGAACGUUUUAACUCUCGGCGAUAUGAUCGGACGCAUAGGAACCAUGACUUCCUUCCUGUGGAUAACUGUCUUCAGAGUGUACUAGGUCAACAUGUGGAGCUGCCAGAGGACUUUCAGAUGAACUAUGACCUUUGGCUUGAGAGAGAAGUGUUUUCUAAGCCAAUAUCUUGGGAAGAGUUGCUGCAAUAGUCAAUCAAGCAUCUCUCCACCACUGCGUAUAACACUAUUUACUAUCCCAAAUGUUCCUAUCCUAUUGUAGGCAUCUGAUAAUACUAUAAAGAACCUUCUUUUGCUAGGUUUCAUGCCAGAAACCUAUAUGGAUAUAUCCCCUUUUAAAAUCAAGGAAUCCAGGAAUGAAAUAACAGUUUUAUGCUUUUUGUGCUACAACGUCAACCACUCUCCAACCUAACUUACUUUGCAUUUGGUCUUAAUUGUAGCAUCAACAUUGUGGUUUGAGGCAAGCACUUCAAUACCCUAAGCAUAGAUGCAACAAUAAAGAUUAUUCCUACUAUAGAUCAAUUACAUUGGUUAGGCUGUUGUGUAUUGCUUUGGCAGGGACCUGCCAUCUAGUAAAAGUAAAAUACCUGACCCAGAGUUCAUAUAGGCAUUCAACUAUAGGCUCUGUAAUAAGGUCACAUUCCUCUUGUGUAUCUUGUUAUUAACAAUUGAAGUGUGCUUUUAUAAUUGUGUUUGUAUAUUAAAGUUUAAAUGUAAUUUCUGUUACGUCCUAGAGGAUGCUGGGGUCCAUAUUAGUACCAUGGGGAAUAGACAGGUCCACCAGGAGCCAUUGGUACUUUAAGAGUUUGAGAGUGUGGGCUGGUUCCUCCCUCUAUGCCCCUCCUACCAGACUCAGUUUAGUAAAUGUGCCCUAAAUGUGCCCAGAGGAGUCGGUCACAGCUAGGGGAGCUCUCCAGAGUUUCCUUAGUAAAGUUUAGUUUUAGAGUUUGUUAUUUUACAGGAAGGCUGCUGGCAACAGCCUCCCCGCAUCGAGGGACUGAGGGGGGGAGCAGUGUCCGCCCUGCGGGGUCUGAGCCACGGUCUCCGCUGACUGAACACUGAGCUCCAGAAGGGAUAGAUCGUUCCCCGCCGCAGGGGAUCGCUCACCCCAGCAGCAUGCCGCCACCCCCUUACAGAGCUGAAGAUUCGUGGCGAGUGAGUCACCGACCCCCCUAGCAAGCGGGGGGUCGGUGUGAAGAUGGCGGCAAUAGGGUAGGAACGCAGUAUUAACUGCGCUCCGGAGGCUCAGCGGUACAUAGUGCGGCGCUGUGGGGGGCGCCCUGAGCCAGCGCCUACACUGGUCACACAAUCUGUCGGGGUCCCUGGAUCUCAGCCAGCAUCAAUCCUCAGGCCAAUAUAAUCCUAUGAAGAGCGGGAAGCGCCAUUUUGGGGGCGGAGCUUGUCAGCGGACCCAGCAGCGUUCAGCGCCAUUUUCCUGCCUGCACAACGCUGUCAGUGAAGAGCAAGUCCCUCCACAGCAACUCCAGCUAUCUAUCAUGGUACCAGAGGGUUGUAGAAGGGGGGGAGGCUGCAAAACGACUGUAGCCUAUUAAGGUGCACAGUCAGCACUGAUCGGGGGUCUCCCUUUAUACUAAAAGCGCUGUGUGUGGGUUGGCUCCAGUUUCUGUCUCUCUCUUGCUAUUCUUGAGGGUGAAACUCUGUCUGCCCUCCCCUGUGUGUGUGUGUGUGGAGUGUCCGUGGUCUCCAUUAAGCAAUGUCCAUGGACUCUUGUGUCAUAUGCUGCAGAUAUGUCCUCUCAGGAUGAUCCCAUUCCAUGUAAUCAGGAUUGCACUGGUUUAGCACAAAUUCCAGCAAGGGAGCCUGAGUGGUUGUCCUCUAUCAAAGCUAAGAUUUCUCUUACGUCCUAGAGGAUGCUGGUGUCCAUUUUAGUACCAUGGGGUAUAGACUGUUCUUGAAGAGCCUUCGGCACUUUAAGACUUUUCAACAGUGUGAACUGGCUCCUCCCUCUAUGACCCUUCUCCAGACCUCAGUUUAGAAAAUGUGCUCGGGAGACUGGCUGCACAUCAGUGAAGCUCUACUGAGUUUUGCUGAAAAAGACUAUGUUAGGUUUUUUAUUUUACAGGGAAGCUGCUGGCAACAGUUUCCCUGCUUCGUGGGACUUAGGGGGGGGGGAGUAGGAACCAACUUCUCAGGUUAAUGGCUCUGCUUUCGCUGACAGGACACCAUUAGCUCCUGAAGGGUACUGAACACAGCCCUGGCCUGGCUGCUGCUCACUCCCACAGCACAGCCGCCACCCCCUAACAGAGCCAGAAGGCUGGUGAGUAUGAACCGGAGACCUGCAGAGGGGCGCCCUCCGGUCAUCAUGGCGGCAUAAAUGUGCCAGCACAACGCGGGACGGUGCACAGCAACAUGUCUCUCAGCACAGGGCGCGCUCUGAGAGACAUGAUAAAUCCUUACUCUCACUGGCAAAAUGUACAUACAUGUGAGCCGCUGAUGUACACUACCCCCGCCAGUAUAAAUAUUACUGUGGCUGAACCGCGCCAUUACAGGAGGCGGGGCUUCACCUCAGAAUUGCUUGUAACACUCAUUUGGCGACAUUUUCUCCUCACAGAGACGCCGGAGCGCUGAUCCUACAGGCUGCUUCUCCUCAUACAUCGCUGAUACAAGUACCAGAGUGUUAUAGAAGGGGAGGGGAGCACAUAAUUUAUUGAAGUCUGCGGGCUUCACACUGGAUAAAAAGCGCUGUUUUGGUAUAUAUGUAUAUUCAUUGUAUGUAAUACAUAUAGGGCGCGUGGUGUGGACUGGCAAUCCCCUCUUGGUCUCUCUGACUGACUUUAGGUAGAUCUGUCCCCAAUAGCUCCCGUGUGUGUGAGUGGUGUGACUGUACACGUGUGUAAUAUGUCUAGAGAAAGUUCUUCCCCAGAAGAAACCAUUUUGGAGGCACAAGAGUGUUCUGAGCCUGUGUGGGUGAGAAAGCUGCAGAGUAAUAUGUAAAUUCUUUAAGUCUGAACAACAGACAAAGCAAGACAGUCUGUGGAGGAUGCUCUGUUUGCUGAUUCCUCCACGUCACCCACUCAGGGCCCUUCCUGUUCCCAGAAAAGGUCUCUGACCCAAAUUAUGCAAGGGACACUGACACAAUUUCCAACACUGAAGUCGAUACUGGACAUUUGAGGGGGGUAGAUCCCAAACUGGAUAAGAGCAUUCAAUGUAUGAUAGUCACUAUAAAAGAGGUGUUGGAAUUUCUUGACACAACACCUCCACCUGAGGAAAAAGAUUAUUUUAAAUUAAAUAAAAAAAGGUGGUGACUUUACCUUCGUCUAAGGAUAGCGUACCCUUUCCCUGAAGAGGAUAGGCAUAAGUGGGAGGCACCCCCAAUGAUAGACACCUCAGUCUCUUGGUUGUCAAAGAAAAUAAUUUUACCUGCCCCAGGAUUAGCUUCAUUAAAAGAACCUGCUGACUGCAAAUUAGAGACGACUUUAAAGUCCAUCUAUAUUGCUACGGGUACGUUACUCAGGCCCGCGAUUGCUUCUGCUUGGGAAGGUAACGCAGUGGAAAAGUGGGCAGACAGUUUAAUUGUUAAUAUUGACACAGUCGAUAAAGAUGACAUGCCGCAAAUUCUAGGUCAUAUCAAAGAUUCUGCAGGUUACUUGGUUGAGGCUAUGAAGGACAUAGGCUUACUGGGCCUCUACUAUGGCGAUUUCAGCCGCAGGGCACUCUGGAUCUGCCAAUGGAAUGCUGACGCUGAAUCAAAAAGAAAUAUUGGGCGCUCCCCUACAAUGGUGAGGCCCUCUUUGGAAACUAGAUGCCAUGACAUCAACUACUACAUCUGGCAAGUCAGCAUUUCUGCCAUCAGCAGCUACACUGGCUAAAAAAAAAAAAAAAGAGUAUAUCAAGGAGUCAACAUAAUGCCAUACUUGGACGAUCUCCUCAUAAAAGGGAGAUCCAGGGACAAGCUACUCCAGAACAUAGCAUUGUCCCCGAAGGUGCUUCAACAGCACGGUUGGAUCAUCAACUUAACAAAAUCGCAGUUGGAACAGACAAUGAGAUUAUCAUUUUUGGGAAUGAUACUAGACAUCGAGAUACAGAGAGUAUUUCUACCGGUGGAAAAGGCUCAGGGGGUCCAGAGCAUGGUCACCCAACGUUUGAGACCAAGAACAGUAUCAAUUCAUCAGUGCAUUCGCCUGUUGGGGAAAAUGGUAGCGGCUUACGAGGUGCUACAAUAUGGCCGAUUCCAUGCCAGGGUUUUCCAGUGGGACCUACUGGACAAGUGAUCCGGGUCGCAUCUCCACAUGCAUCAAAGGAUAACCUUUAAAGCGAAAGCCAGAAUUUCGCUCCUGUGGUGGCUACAAAUUUCUCACCUCCUGGAGGGACGCAGGUUCGGGAUUCAGGCCUGGAUCCUGGUGACCACGGAUGCAAGUCUCCGAGGAUGGGGAGCAGUCACGCAGGGUGAAAGUUUCCAAGGAAGAUGGUCAAGUUAAGAAACUUGCCUUCACAUAAACAUUCUGGAGUUGAGAGCUGUGUACAACAGUCUUCAUCAAGCGGCACACCUUCUUCAAGGUCGUCCCAUACAGAUCUAGUCAGACAAUGUAACGGCAGUAACUUAUAUAAACCGUCGAGGCGGAACAAAAAGUAUAGCAACAAUGGCAGAGGUGACAAAGAUACUCCUCUGGGCAGAAAGACAUGCAAAAGCUCUGUUGGCAAUUUUCAUUCCGGGAGUGGACAGCUGGGAAGCAGACUUCCUCAGCAGACAUGAUCUUCAUCCAGGAGAAUGGGGCCUCCACCCAGAAGUCUUUGCAGAGGUAGCAGAUCGUUGGGGUGUUCCUCAAGUGAAUAUGAUGGCAUCACGCCUCAACAAGAAGCUUCAGAAAUAUUGUUCCAGGUCAAGAGACCCACAAGCAAUAGCGAUAGAUGCACUGGUGACGCAGUGGAUGUUUCGGUCAGUGUAUCUGUUCUCGACACUUCCACUUAUUCCAAAAGUUCUCAAGAUCAUCAGAAGAACAGGAGUUCGAGCAAUACUCAGAGGGCUUGGUAUCCAGAUCUUCAUGAGUUAUUAAUGGAAGAUCCUCGGCCUCUUCCUCUUUGCGAGGACCUGUUUCAGCAGGGGCCGAGUUUAUCAGGAUUUACCACGGUUGCAUUUGACGGCAUGGCUGUUGAGCGCCAGAUCCUACCCCGUAAGGGUAUUCCCAAUGAACAUUCCCACACUUAUUCUGGCCAGGAAAGGGGUAACGUCCAAACAUUACCAUCGUAUUUGGAGAAAAUAUGUAUCUUGGUGUGUAUCCAAGAAGUCUCCUGCGGUGGAGUUUCAAUUAGGACGACUUCUCCUAUUUCUACAGGCAGGUGUGGAUGCUGGAUUGAGAUUAGGAUCUAUCAAAGUUCAGAUUUCGGCCUUGUUAGUUUUCUUUCAGAAACAAUUGGUUUCUCUUCCUGAGGUCCAGACGUUCGUGAAAGGGUUUCUGCGCAUCCAAGCUCCCUUUGUACCUCCUGCGGCGCCAUGGGAUCUUAAUGUGGUGUGGCAGUUCCUGAAAUCGGACUGUUUUGAGCCUCUGCAAGAGGUGGCGUUAAAGUUCUCACUUGAAAAGUGGUCAUUCUGUUGGCCUUGGCUUCAGGCAGACGAGUGUCUGAGUUAGGAGCUCUGUCACGGAGUCCUUAUUUGAUAUUUCAUGAAGAUAGGGCUGAAUUGAGAACACGUCAGCACUUUCUUCCAAAGGUUGUGUCUUCUUUUUAUAUCAACCAUCCAGUGGUGAUGCCAGUAGCUUCUGACACCUUAGCCGUCUCAAAGUCCUUGGAUGUUGUCAGAGCGCUGAGGACUUAUGUUGCAAGAACGGCUCAGAUAAGGAAAACAGAAUCUCUGUUUGUCCUCUAUGACCCCAACAAGAUGGGGGGUCCUGCUUCUAAGCAGACUAUUGCGCGCUGGAUCAGGGGUACCAUUCAGCACGCUCAUUCCACGGCAGGAUUGCCGUUACAGACUUCGGUAAAAGCCCACUCUACAAGGAAAGUGGGUUCAUCCUGGACGGCUGCCCUGGGUGUCUCGGCAUUGCAAAUCUGCCGAGCUGCUACUUGGUUGGGUGCAAACACAUUUAUAAGUUUGACACCUUGACUGCUGUCGACCUUCAAUUUGGUCAGUCAGUUCUGCAGGAACAUUAGCACUUUCCCACCUGUACUAGGAGUUUUGGUAUAUCCCCAUGGUACUAAAAUAAAUCCCAGCAUCCUGUGUUGAAUAUUGCUGGUACAACACCCGAGCAAGUUGAGGAGGCUUACUUCACUGAAAAUAAGAAAGCCUUCCCUGCUUAAAGGAAUUUAAUGCUAUAUUUGGAAAGGCUUGGGAAAACCCAGAUAAAAAAUUUCAAGAUACCUAAAAGGGUUCUGGUAGCUUUUCCUUUCCCGGUAGAGGAUAGGAAAAAAUGGGAAAACCCGCCUAUUGUUGAUCUUGAAAGAGUCGGCUCAUCGUAAAAUUGAUAAUAAGUUCAAAUCCAUGUACACGGCUUCUGGGGCAAUCCUACGUCCCACUAUUGCCAGUGCUUGGAUUGCCAAAGCUAUAGUAAAGUGGUCAGGCACGUUACUUCAGGACUUGGAUACUAUGGAGAAAUGUGAUGUUGAAUUGUUUUUACGUAACAUUCAGGAUUCGGCAGGAUUUCUGGUAGAAUCCAUGAAUGACCUGGGUUCCAUGGCUGCGGGGAUUUCAUCCAUGUCCGUAUCAGCUCGUUGAGGACUGUGGUUGCGCCAGUGGUCUGCCGACGCGGAAUCCAAGAGAAGUGUGGAGACCCUACCCUACACAGGUCAGGCUCUCUUUGGGGAAGCGUUAGAUGCGUGGAUCUCCACGGCUGUGGCUGGUAAGUCACCCUUUCUUCCCUCAGCUACACCUGCUCCUAAGAAACCUUUUUCUUAAGUUACGUCACAGUCCUUUCGGUCUAACAAGCUCAGUAAAGCAAAGCCGUCCAACACCUUCUUUCGGGGAGGUCGGGCCAAGUUCAAGAAACCUGCGGCUGCAGGUUCCCAGGAACAGAAACCUGCUUCAGGCACACCAAAGUCCUCCACAUGACAGUGGACUGCACGUCCCGGAUGUGGGGCAGGUGGGAGCGAGAUUCAGACAUUUCAGUCAUGUCUGGGUGUCAUCCGGCCUGGACCACUGGGUGUAAGAUAUUGUGUCCCAGGGGUACAGGCUGGAAUUUCAAAAUCUCCCUCACCGAUUUUUCAGAUCAGGCUUGCCAGCUCUGCUGGAAUAAAGGACGGUCCUGUAAGAACCCAUCCAGAAGUUGGUGGAGGCACAGGUCAUUGUGCCAGUACCACCUCGCAUGCAGAACAAAGGUUACUAUUCGAACCUUUUCGUGGUACCGAAAGUGGAUGGUUCGGUCAGGCCCAAUCUGAGCUUAAAAUCACUGAACCCCAUUCUGAGGGAGUUCAAGUUCAAAAUGGAGUCCCUAAGGGCAGUGAUAUCAGGUCUGGAGGAGGGGGAAUUUCUAGUAUCCCUGGAUAUCAAGGAUGCGUACCUCCACAUCCCGAUUUGGCUGCUGCAUAAAGCUUAUCUGCGAUUUGCACUAUUAGACUGUCACUUUCAGUAACAGGCUCUCCCAUUCGGUCUCUCCACAGCACCGAGGGUUUUCACCAAGGUGAUGGCGUAAAUGAUGAUUCUCCUCCGCAGACAGGGGGUGAACAUAAUUCCGUAUCUAAACGAUCUGCUGAUAAAAGCAUCAUCCAAGGAGAAGCAGUUACGGUCCAUAACACUCACGACUCAGCUUCUCAGGAAACAUGGUUGGAUCCUGAAUCUUCCAAAGUCACAUUUGGAACCAUCCAGAAGGUUGUCCUUUCUGGGAAUGAUCCUCGACACGGAGGUGCAGAGGGUGUUUCUCCUAGAGGAAAAGGCGUUGCUGAUUCAAACGAUGGUCCGGGAGGUCCUGAAGCCAGCCCGGGUGUCAACUUAUUAGUGCAUUUGCCUUCUGGGGAAGAUGGUGGCCUCUUACGAGGCUCUGCAGUACCGGAGGUUUCACGCUCGGUCCUUCCAACUGGAUCUCAUGGGCAAGUGGUCGGGAUCCCAUCUACACACCAGAUAAUACGCCUGUCGCCAAAGGCCAGGAUUUCACUCCUCUGGUGGCUGCAAUUAUCUCACCUUCUGGAGGGCAGCAGGUUCAGGAUUCAGGACUGGAUCCUUCUAACCAUGGAUGCAAGUCUCCGGGGCUGGGGCGCAGUCACUCGAGGGGAAACCUUCCAAGGAAGGUGGUCAAGUCUGGAAGCCGGCCUGCCGAGAACAUUGUGGAACUAAAAGCCGUCUACUCCUCCAAGCGGCCCAUCUUCUGAGAAAUCGGGCCAUUCAAGUGCAGUCGGACAAUGUGACAACAGUGGCUUACAUAAACCGACAGGGCGGAACGAAGAAUCAUCCUCUGGGCGGAAAAACACGUGUUGGAGCUGUCAGCAUUCUUCAUUCCGGUAGUAGACAACUGGGCAGCAGACUUCCUCAGCAGACACGAUCUCCAUCCAGGGGAGUGGGGUCUCCAUCCGGAGGUGUUCAAGGAGGUAACAGAUCUUUGGGGCGUACCCCAGAUUGACAUGAUGGCCUCUCAUCUCAACAAGAAGCUUUGGCGGUAUUGUUCCAGGUCGAGGGACCCGCAAACAGUGGAAGUGGACGCCCUAGUGACUCCGUGGGUGUUCCAGUCAGUGUAUGCGUUUCCUCCACUUCCACUCAUCCCAAGAUUCUAAAGCUCAUAAGGAGAACAAAGGUUCAAGCGAUCCUCAUUGAUCCAGACUGGCCAAGAAGGGCUUGGUACGCGGAUCUACUGCAAGAAGAGCCGAGGCCUCUUCUUCUUCGGGAGGAUCUGCUGCAGCAGGGGCCGUUCGCCUAUCAAGACUUACCUCGGCUACGUUUGACAGCAUGGAAGUUGAACGCCUGAUAUUAGCUCAGAAGGGCAUUCCGAAUAAGGUUAUUCCUACCCUGAUACAGGCUAGGAAAGGAGUAACAUCUAAACAUUACCAUUGCAUUUGGAAAAAAUAUGUAUCUUGGUGUGAGUCCUAGAAAUUUCCUGCGGUGGAGUUUCAACUGGGACGGUUUCUCCUUUUCCUACAAGCUGGUGUGGAUUUGGGCCUAAAGUUGGGAUCUGUGAAGGUCCAGAUUUCGGCCCUAUCCGUUUUCUUCCAAAACCAAUUGGCUGCCCUCCCUGAGGUUCAGACCUUUUUGAAGGGAGUUCUGCACAUCCAACCUCCCUUUGUACCACCUACGGCGCCUUGGGACCUUAACGUGGUGUUGCAAUUCCUCCAGUCGGACUGGUUCGAGCCUCUACAGGAGGUUGACGUCAAGUUUCUUCUAUGGAAAUCUGUCACUUUGUUGGCUUUAGCUUCUGCUAGACGUGUGUCGGAGUUUGGGGCUUUAUCAUGUAAAAGCCCAUACUUGAUCUUCCACAAAGAUAGAGCUGAGCUCCGGACGCGUCAGCAGUUUCUUCCAAAGGUUGUGUCGGCAUUUCAUAUCAACCAACCUAUUGAAAUGCCAGUGGCUACUGACCCCUCAAUUUCAUCAAAGUCCUUGAAUGUGGUAAGGACCCUGAGGAUAUAUGUGAAAAGGACUGCUUGUCACAGGAAAUCGGACUCUUUGUUUGUCCUGUACGAUCCCAAGGCCUACUCUACACGUAAGGUGGGGUUUAACCAUCUGUGCUGCAGCCUGGAUAUCACUAAAACCUGCACUGUUGGUGUGCCUUGAGGACCGUGAUUGGGAAUGCCUGCCGUAGAGGGUGCUGGGCGCCCGCCCAGCACUUCGUUUUCCUGCAAUUGUUAUCUUGUUCAGUACAACUUUGUUUUUAGUUAAGUACUAUGUUUACUUGGUGAGUUAUGUUUUCAGCGGUUGCUGAGUUUUCAAGCUAAGUUAGAUUGAUGUGCCUAGUAUGUGUGAGCUGGUAUGAAUCUCGCCACUAUCUGUAUUAAAUCCUUCUCUCGAAGAUAUCCGUCUCCUCGGGCACAGUUUGUACACUGAGUCUGGUAGGAGGGGCAUAGAGGGAGGAGCCAGCCCACACUCUCAAACUCUUAAAGUGCCAAUGGCUCCUGGUGGAUCCGUCUAUACCCCAUGGUACUGAUAUGGACCCCAGCAUCCUCUACAGACUACGUUACUGGUAGGUAACCAAAAUCCUAUUAUUUCAUCCAGUGCAAGGUGCAACCCAAAUUGCAGCUUAGUAUUUUAUGUUUCCCUGUAUAGUACUACAUCUAGCAUUCUAUUAUGGUGUUGUCUCUUUCAGCCGGGAGCAGCUAAUUGUUAUGACUGGUCAGAAUAUAAUUAUGUGUUUGAGAUUGCUGCAUUGCACUCCAAUCAGGGUACCUGGUCUGUUAUUCCGAAAGAGAAAGAAGAAGCAAUUUCUACUGUUCGGUGGUUGCACCAAAGUCUGACACCCGAUGUAAAUGGUGGUCCAAGCGUGCCACGUUUACAUCACUUCGGAGGGGUGCCCAGCAUUCCUGGAGAUGCUAGGCUGCUCCCGGACACUGUCCCUGCACAGUCUGCUUCUGCUCGGUGACAGGAGCCUAGCACUAUACGAAAAUGUCACAGUGCACUACCCAGCUAUCUGUCACUGCGGAGGAGUCUGCAUUCAGGUGCAGUCCGCAACCACUAAUGAUGCCUCUGGUGAUCAUAUAUUCACAGACAUAUAGAUUUCCUUUUGUUACAGUAAGGGCAGCGCCGAACAAUUAUAAUUGGGCAGGAGUAGAAUAGGGAGGCGGUCAGUGUGGUAAAGGUUUUGAAAACUUUAAAAGAAGAACCUUUAUUUGGUUAUUUCUGAAGUUUUUCUUUGGUGGAUAUGAAUAGUAAUUGCACCUGGCGUCUGUUUGGUAAAUAAACAAGUGCAUAUAAAUUUAAUAUAAACACUGGCAUAUGUUUGGCGAAUUAAUUUAACUGUAAAGUGAUAUGGAAUAUGCUGGCUCUACAUAAAUAAAUGAUAUACUGUAUAAGA